GCAGGUUCCCUAGGCCUCUACACUGCAGCUUUAGCUUGAAUCUUCACUUUGAGACCAUGGACAACAGUCCUCUGCAGGUGGUAACCGUCCCUACAGCCCCCUACCCCGACCAGAGACCAGGCACCAGUGGGCUGAGGAAAAGGGUCUACAUUUUCCAGUCAAGGAGGAACUAUCUGCACAACUUCAUCCAGAGUAUCUUCUCCUCCAUUGACCUGCGUGACCGCCAGGGAUCAACAGUGGUGGUAGGAGGAGAUGGACGCUACUUCAACCGAACAGCGAUCGAGGUCAUUGUGCAGAUGGCAGCUGCAAAUGGGGUGGGUCGUCUGAUCAUUGGACACCAUGGGAUAAUGUCCACGCCGGCCAUCUCCUGUGUGAUCAGGAAAUACAAAGCCAUCGGCGGCAUCAUCCUCACUGCCAGUCAUAACCCCGGUGGACCUGAUGGAGACUUUGGCAUUAAGUUCAACACUGCAAAUGGAGGCCCAGCAAAGGAGGCUGUCACCAACAAGAUCUUCCAGAUCAGCAGAACCAUUGAGGAGUUUGCCAUCUGCCCAGGUCUCCGAGUAGAUCUGACGACCCUGGGCAAACAGACAUUUGAUCUGGAGAACAAGUUCAAGCCCUUCACAGUGGAAAUUGUGGACUCUGUGGAAUCCUACGCUAAUCUGAUGAGGAACAUUUUUGACUUUGCUGCUCUGAAGGAACUUCUUUCUGGCAAAAACAACAUGAAAAUAAGAGUAGAUGCCAUGCAUGGAGUGACUGGACCAUAUGUGAAGCGAAUACUCUGCGAAGAGUUGGGUUGUCCUGCUAAUUCUGUCAUUAACUGUGUCCCGCUGGAGGAUUUUGGGGGUCUACAUCCAGAUCCAAACCUCACUUAUGCUGCAGACCUGGUUGAAAGCAUGAGAGAUGGGCAAUAUGAGUUUGGAGCUGCAUUUGAUGGUGAUGGGGACCGUAACAUGAUCCUGGGUAAGCACAGCUUCUUCGUCACCCCGUCUGACUCUGUGGCUGUGAUUGCUGACAACAUCUUCUGCAUCCCAUACUUUCAGCAAACAGGGGUGAGAGGCUUCGCCCGCAGCAUGCCCACAAGUGCAGCUUUGGACAGAGUAGCCAAGGCAACAAAAAUAGAGCUAUAUGAAACUCCCACUGGGUGGAAGUUCUUUGGGAAUUUAAUGGAUGCAGGUCGACUGUCUUUGUGUGGAGAGGAAAGUUUUGGUACAGGUGGAGACCAUAUCCGUGAAAAGGAUGGGCUUUGGGCCGUGCUGGCAUGGCUGUCCAUUCUGGCCAUCAGAAAGCAAAGUGUGGAGGAUAUUCUAAAGGACCACUGGCAAAAAUAUGGAAGGAACUAUUUCACCAGAUACGACUAUGAGAGUGUAGACAUAGACGCGGCCUGUGAAAUGAUGGAGGACCUGGAGAUUAUGAUCGCCGACAAAUCCUUCGUGAAGCAGAGAUUUGCUGUUGAAGAUAAAAUCUUCCAGGUGGAAAAAGCAGACAAUUUUGAGUACACAGAUCCCGUCGACAGCACUAUCUCCAGGAACCAGGGUCUGCGGAUAAUCUUCUCUGAUGGCUCUAGAAUCAUCUACAGACUCAGUGGGACAGGUGGUGAUGGAGCAACGGUUCGAAUAUAUAUAGACAGCUAUGAGAAGGAGCAGAUUUUUCAAGAUACACAGGUGAUGCUGGCACCCCUGGCAACAAUUGCGCUAAAGAUCUCUCAGCUUCAUCACAGGACAGGUCGAAUGGGCCCGUCAGUCAUCACAUGAUUCCAUCUACAUGUUACACCAUAUUUGCUGAAUUAACGCUUAUGUUUUUCUUUCCAGUGUUUUUGUAUAAAUCAAGCUUGAAUUCCAUGUGUAGCUGAAAAGAAGUCAUGUUUUGCAUUUUAGGCUGAAAUAUGUAUCGA